AUGGCAGCAGGGCCAUCUGUACUGGGGGCUGUCUUGGUGGAGCUGGCACCGACCUCUGUGGCAGUUAUGGUUAUGGAGGUGACGGAGGAAGAUGCAAAUUGUGAAAUGUGUGAAGGACUUCAAAAGAGUGGAGUCUCACCCAGAGGAGGAAUGAAUCAGGAUGCAAUUCAAGUCCAGCCAGCUGGAAUUGAAGAAACAAGUGAAGACAAGGAAUUUUAUGGUGAUUUAGCAGAAAGUGAGGGAAUUCCUAUUGUCUGCAAAAAUCAACCAUACUACAUUGGUGGUAAAGUAGAUGUGUCAGACAGCAGUACAUUUGAUAUGGUGGAACAUAAUGGUGUCAGACACAAAAGUCUUUACAACAUGGACCUGUUCAGAGAUAAGGAGUUAAAUCAGCAACUCCAUUUUGAUCCUCUUAAUCUUCAAAUAGAAGAAGUUAGAUAUGGUGAACAAAUUUUUGUGCGGGCUUGGAUGGAAGGAGGUGGGACCAAAGUUCAGCUGGUUACUGAGAACUGUUGGCUGACAAAUUCUUCUGAUCCGAAAAGCAAAAUACAGAAGUUUCUUCUUCGUAAUGCGUGCCCUGUUGACUCUGCAGUCAGCUUACUGCAGCAGCAUGGAAGCUUCAGUUUUAAAACAAGCCCUGAAUAUGUAGAAGUGGGUGUUGUGUAUAUGCACUGUCGUAUUGGUAUGUGCACCUAUUUGGAGUCCCUUACCAAAGGAAACUUGGCAUUGUGUGUCAACAGAACACAGCAUUGCUCAAAGCCAAGGUCCCAGCCACUUGUGAACCAGACGACAGUGUCGACAGCUCAGCAGAUAGUUACCCGUGGGCCACUGAAGUUUGUACCCAAUUUUCUGACACAUGUAAAGAGUAUUGCAGCUAUCCCUUCUCCAACUUCUGCUGAAGCAGUGUUCCCACAUGUUGUUGAUAUGAGUACAACUUGUGUGUCCAUACAAGCUACUGUGGGGAUUGCUUUGACAUCUUUUGUGAUUGGUAUUGUACUGAUGAUAAUCAUUUGGUUCAUCCAUGUGAAAACUGAUCCAUUGCGGCAUCACAGAACAAAACAAGUUCAUCAGACUGGAGGAAUAACCACAGGAAAUAUUAGUGCAGGUGGCACUGUUUUCAGUGUACCCCCAAACAGUGUUGGGUCAAGUGCUAAUUUAUGAUAUGCUACAUGUGGUUCUCCAGUAAUGUGGGCACGGUUGUGAGUGAGCAUUGUUGUGACAAGAUGCAGCUUUUAUUAUUGCACCCAGGUUGCAGUUACUGUUGUACGAAAGAAGUGAUUGCAGAUGUGAAUCUAUUCACUUGUGAGCCGUGUUGAAGAAACUGAAAUGUGUAUGAAACCAAGUGUUGAGUUCCUAUUUGAACUGCAGUGUUUAACCUUUAUCAUCUCCACCAUCAGCAACAAAAGUACCGUACGUUAAAGUAUACCUCAUACAGAAGAAAUGAGUUGGCUUCAAAUAAAAAUAAUUGGAUGCACAUCAAAUAAAGACAGUCUUAAUGAUUCAGUGGUGCAGUAUCAGUAUGCAUGGUAGUGAUUUUUUUUAUUCGCUCUUUGCCUCCAUAUAACACCAUUAGUGUUUCAAAAUGGAACAGAAUCUUCACUUGCUCAAAUCAUUUUUGCAGUUUACUGAUAGAUUUGCUCUAAUAUUAUGAGUAUUUCUAUCACAUGUGAGAGUAACCUUUAACCUGCAAGGCAGA